AUGGAGUAUCGCGAAGCUGCCCAAAAUCUUGCACUGACCAAUGAAAAUCUGAUGCAGAGGCGAUACCAGAUGGAAAAAGACAUGGUGGACGUUGUCGGAUUUAUGAAAAAGCAAGAAAAGGAGAAAGAUGAAAUGGUAUUGUAAUCCUGUUUUGCUUCCAGCGUGUUCUCUACUAUUUAAAGCUAUUUUUCUUUUGAGAUAUAGAAAUAAAAACGAGUCCAUAGAUUUGGCACAUAUAUCAUUUGGAAACAACACCAGUUGGCUAUAUGGUCUUUCUGUCUUCCACCUCAUGGCUGCUUUAUUAUACAUUCUAUCAUUUAAUCUUCUCUCUCCUUGUAUUUCAAACUAACGUGGUGCCUAGCCAGUUCCAGUUUAUCUGUAUUUGAUACCUCUUUGUGCUUAACAAUCUUCCAGCUCUUGGUUUGUCUAUAUUGACAUGAGUGACUUAUGUUUAUCAACCUGCCCGUUUUUGGUUUAUAAAUAUAUAAUGCUCAUAAACUUGAGCUAUUACCGAGUCUAAAAUGUACCUGUUCUUGGCAUCUAUAUAUUAUUAUUAUUGCCAUUUAUAUAGCGCCAACAGAUUCUGUAGCGCUUUACAAUAUUAUGAGAGGUGGGGUGUAACUAUAAAUAGGACAAUUACAAGAAAACUUACAGGAACAAUAGGUUGAAGAGGACCCUGCUCAAACGAGCUUACAGUCUGUAGGAGGUGGGGUAUAAGACACGUUAGGACAGGAAAUAUCAAAUAGGGUGGGAGUGAAGCAGAGCUGGAGGAGAGAGUAAAGCACUGCCCUAUAGGAGAGAGCAAGAGAGAGGUAUGUAAGGUAGAGGUUACUCUGGGAGGCCAUAAGCUUUCCUGAAGAGAUGGGUUUUGAGGCACUUCUUAAAUGAUUGAAGACUAGGGGAGAGUCUAAUUGCGGUAGGCAGGCUAUUCCAUAGGAAAGGAGCCGCCCGCAAGAGGUCCUGCAAGCGCGAGUUGGCCUUACGGGUGCGAGCAGCGGUCAGGAGGUGGUCACGGGCAGAGCUGAGGGAACGGGGAGGGGCAUACCUAUGGAUCAGUGAAGAGAUAUAAGAGGGGCUAGAAUUGUUCAGUGCUUUAAAUGUUUGAGUUAGCACUUUGAAUUGACUCCUAUAGGAUACAGGGAGCCAAUGUAAGGACUGGCAGAGGGGUGAGGUGUGAGAGGACCGACUAGAGAGGAAAAUCAGUCUAGCUGCAGCAUUUAUUACAGACUGUAGCGGGGCAGUACGGCUUUUGGGGAGACCAAUCAGGAGAGGUUGACAGUAAUCCAUACAGGAAAUUACUAGAGCAUGGACAAGCUCCUUGGUAGCAUCUUGUGUGAGAAAGGGGCGGAUGCGGGCUAUGUUUUUAAAUUGGAACCUACAGGAUUUGACAACAAACUGGAUGUGAGGCUCAAAGGUGAGGCCAGAGUCAAGUGUGACGCCAAGACAGCAUGCUUGCAAGGAUGGACUUAUGUGGCUAUCACUGACUUGAAGGGAGAGUGAGAGAGGAGGAUCAGUAUUAGGAGGAGGAAAGACAAGGAGUUCAGUUUUAGAGAGACUGAAUUUCAGAAAGCGUGAGGACAUCCAGUCAGAGAUGGAAGAAAGGCAAGUAGUGACACGCUGCAGGACGGCAGGGGAGAGGUCUGGGGAGGAGAGGUAUAUCUGAUUGUCAUCAGCGUACAGGUGGUAGCGGAAUCGAAAAGAGGCAAUAAGUUUGCCAAGAGAGGCAGUAUAAAGAGAAAAUAGAAGGGGACCAAGGACAGAGCCUUGGGGAACCGAGACAGGACGAGGGGAGGAGGUAUCCUUGGAAAAGGAGACACUGAAUGAGCGUUGGGAGAGAUAGGAGGAAAACCAAGAGAGGACAGUCACAGAGACCGAGCGAUUGAAGAGUUUGAAGGAGGAGAGCAAGAUCAACAGUGUCAAAGGCAGCAGAGAGGUCAAGGAGAAUUAAUAAGGAGUUGUGACCUUUGGAUUUAGCUGCGAUUAGGUCAUUAGUAACUUUGAUAAGAGCAGUCUCAGUAGAGUGGAGAGGGCGGAAGCCAGACUGAAGAGGGUCACGGAGAGAGUAUUGAGGAAGAGAGAACUGAGGAAGUGAGACACACGGGUAAAGACCAGUCUUUCCAAAAGCUUUGAUGAGAAAAGGAGCAGGGAUAUGGGACGAUAGUUAAUGGGGGAGGAUGGGUCAAGAGAUGUUUUUUUCAGGAUAGGUACUACAGUGGCAUGUUUAAGGUCAGCAGGAAAAGUGCCAGAAGAGAGAGAGCAGUUAAAGAUGUGUGUUAGGGUAGGCACAAGACAAGGGGAGAGAGAUCUGAUGAGGUGAGACGGGACAGGAUGGAGCGGGCAAGUGGUGGGGCGAGAGGAAUGGAGAAGCGCAGCCACCUCGUGUUCAGUAGCCGGGGAGAAAGUCUGAAGGGUAGGGAAGGCAUGAAGGCACGUGUGGUUGAGAAAGAGAACUGCAAGGAGGGGAGAAUUGUUUCCUUAGCUGUUCAAUCUUGUCGGUAAAGUAGCAUGCAAAGCUAUCAGCUGUAAGGUUAGUUUGGGGGGUGGCCACAGCAGGGCGGAGAAGAGAAUUAAAGGUGUCAAAGAGACGUCUGGGAUUGCGGGAGCAUGAACUAAUGAGAGAGGAAAAGUAUGACUUGCGAGGGCAAGGGCUACACUGUAUGAACGCAAUAUGAAUCUAUAAUGGAGAAAGUCUGCCUGGGUGCGGGACUUCCUCCAGGAGAAUUCAGCACAACGGGAGCAACUCUGCAGAUGGCAUGUUGAUUUAGUAUGCCAUGGUUGGCAUGCUAUAGAUGCCUGGCAUGAGGCUUCUCCUCAAUUAUAACAGCAGAAAUGGAACCGUUAGAAGGCCUUACUCGGAACAUCAAAAAUAAAGCUUCAAUCUCGAGUUGGAGUAAAAAGUAUGUCAUUAUUCAAUCUUCGAAAACUAGGAAAUCAUAGGAGGCCAGAAGAAGUCUUCUGUAUUUGUGCUUCUUGGUCACUUUGCCAAAGACUUUUUGGGGUUUGAUUUAUCUGUAUUUGGUUUAAUUGUGUUGUUUUGUUAUACCUGCAGCCACUUGAUGGUUUAUUCAUAUCUGGUAUUUGUGCUUUAAUGGGUUCUUGUGGGGAAUGGUGCCAUGUUGCCUAUUUUGGUCAACCAGGUCAUGGUUAUCUGUAUUUGGCACAAGCCCAAGUGUGUACAGCUUUCUACCAGUCUCUCGGUUUAUCUAUAGCUUUUUACCAGAAUAUCUCCAUUUAGCAUUUUGUAUAGCUUUUGUAUUAGUUAUGUUUCUUUAAUUAGUUCUAUAUUUUUAUUGUUUCUGUUUUUUUUCUGUAAAGAUUGAAGAAUUAAAGCACGAUAUCCUAAAACAGAAGAAAACCUUUGAGGAAGAACAGAAGAAAUUAGUAAGUACACGAACCCACAUUUUGUAGUUAGAUAAAUGUAUCUAAAUAGUAACAGAACACUACAAUCAUUCUGUAGUGGUUAUUGUCCAAGGAGUGCCUUGGCACCUUACCAGGGUAGGUAGUCAAACCAUUUGUGAACAUUUGUGACAACUUACCUGGUGCCAGUUACCUCCUACUGGGCAGCUGGAAGCUCCCUGCUCUGAGGUAGCUUAUUGGCUGAGAGCCCUCAGUUGGAACCUCCUGCUCCACAGGAGACUGGGGCCGGUAGACUCCAGGUAAGUUGCCAAACUGUUUGUAAACUACUUACCAUGAAACUCUGGGAGAUCGACAGAGCAUUCCUUGCACCAUAACUUCUAAACUAGGUUGUAGUGGUUAUGGUGCUUGGAUUGUUCCUUUAAGCGCUGCUAUAUAUGAUUAUACUUCUCAUACCUGACUUUAUUUUUGUGGAAAUAGUGAAACAUGUCUAUAUUUAUUCGGUAAUGAAAACAUUUUCAACAUCUAGGCAGUUUGUUAUAGAUGAAUAUGUAUAGAUUACUGAUUUGUGUACACAGGAAUCUGAAUCUAUAGCUAUUAUACCCAAUGCUUGUAAGUAGCAGUGAAAACCUGUAGCUUGAUACGGAGCAUGUGUCCACAAUUAUUAGAGUCUGUAACUUAUCCAUGAUAUGUGUAUACAGGUUUCAGAAUCCGUUGCUUUAAAUAGAAUAUGUAUACAUUGGCAUUAAUCUAUACCUUUAUAUGGAAUUGUGUGCACCUUGGUAUUAUUAUAUAGAAUGUGUACGCACUGGAAACAGAAUCUAUCAUUUUAUAAAGAAUGUUUGCACACUGAUAGCAGAAUCUAUAGAUUUAUAUAGAAUGUUCAUACUAGUAUAAUAAUACAUAGCUUCUUAAAGAGUUUGUGCACAUAGGUAUAUGAAUACCUGCUUUAUGCAGAGCAUGUGCACACAAGUACCAGUAUCUUUAUAGCCAGGUUGGUUAAAUCAGCAUGUGUACACAUGUAUAAAACAAGGAUUAAAAUCAAAAGAACAAAGCAGGAAGAAGGAAGCUUAAGGAACACUCGUACUGGGGUUAACCCAUGGACUAACCAUCACCAUCUUUUUAAGCGACUUGUAUAUGUUUCCUACCGGUCCUUUGCUAAAUGUUUAUAUUAUUGUUUUUAACUUUCUUUUUUAUAGGUUGAAGUAAUCUCUGCUCUAGAAAACAAAUAUAUCCAGAAAGAGAAGGAAAUGCGUGCAUUUAUGUCUGAGGUCAAAAUGGCUAAAGAAUUUAGGAUGCAGAAAGCUGAGCUGGAAAAAGAAUUAGAAGAGGUUAGUAUUCUGUUUAUAUUAAUUGUACUGACUUGGACAUGUAAAAUGAGUGAUCCUGACCCAUAUAACAAACAACUUGAGUGACCCCUUCCUGUAUAUUGACUGUUUUGGCUGACUGGCUCAGCCUGUAUAUUCACUGUAUUCUGUGUCUGGCCCAGCCUUUAUAUUCACUGUAUUCUGUGUCUGGGCCUGUCUGUAUAUUCACUGUAUUCUGUCUGGGCCUGUCUGUAUAUUCACUGUAUUCUAGGACUGGCCCAGCCUUUAUAUUCACUGUAUUCUGUGUCUGGGCCUGUCUUAUAUUCACUGUAUUCUGUGUCUGGGCCUGUCUGUAUAUUCACUGUAUUCUGUCUGGGCCUGUCUGUAUAUUCACUGUAUUCUAGGACUGGCCCAGCCUUUAUAUUCACUGUAUUCUGUGUCUGGGCCUGUCUUAUAUUCACUGUAUUCUGUGUCUGGGCCUGUCUGUAUAUUCACUGUAUUCUAGGACUGGCCCAGCCUUUAUAUUCACUGUAUUCUGUGUCUGGGCCUGUCUUAUAUUCACUGUAUUCUGUGUCUGGGCCAGCCUGUAUAUUCAUUAUAUUCUAUGUCUGGGCCAGUCUGUAUAUUCACUGAAUUCUAUGUCUGGGUCUGUCUGUAUAUUCACUGUAUUCUGUGUCUGGGCCUGUCUGUAUAUUCACUGUAUUCUGUGUCUGGGCCCGUCUGUAUAUUCACUGUAUUCUGUGUCUGGGCCUGUCUGCAUAUUCACUGUAUUCUAGGACUGGCCCAGCCUUUAUAUUCACUGUAUUCUGUGUCUGGGCCAGUCUGUAUAUUCACUGUAUUCUGUGUCUGGGCCCCUCUGUAAAUUCACUGUAUUCUGUGUUUGGGCCCCUCUGUAUAUUCACUGUAUUCUGUGUCUGGGCCAUUCUGUAUAUUCACUGUAUUCUGUGUCUGGGUGAGUCUGUAUAUUCACUGUAUUCUGUGUCUCGGCCAGUCUGUAUAUUCACUGUAUUCUGUGUCUGGGUGAGUCUGUAUAUUCACUGUAUUCUGUGUCUCGGCCAGUCUGUAUAUUCACUGUAUUCUGUGUCUCAGCCAUCCUGUAUAUUCACUGUAGUCUGUUUCUGGGCCCUUGUGUAUAUUCACUUUAUUCUGUGUCUGUGCCAGUCUGUAUAUUCACUGUAUUCUGUGUCUGGGUGAGUCUGUAUAUUCACUGUAUUCUGUGUCUCGGCCAAUCUGUAUAUUCACUGUAUUCUGUGUCUCGGCCAUCCUGUAUAUUCACUGUAGUCUGUUUCUGGGCCUGUCUGUAUAUUCACUGUAUUCUAUGUCUGGGCCAGUCUGUAUAUUCACUGUAUUCUGUGUCUGGGCCAGGCUGUAUAUUCAAUGUAUUCUGUGUCUCAGCCAGUCUGUAUAUUCACUGUAUUCUGUGUCUGGGUGAGUCUGUAUAUUCACUGUAUUCUGUGUCUCGGCCAGUCUGUAUAUUCACUGUAUUCUGUGUCUCGGCCAUCCUGUAUAUUCACUGUAGUCUGUUUCUGGGCCUGUCUGUAUAUUCACUGUAUUCUAUGUAUGGGCCAGUCUGUGUAUUCACUGUAUUCUGUGUCUGGGCCAGUCUGUAUAUUCACUGUAUUCUUGUCUGGGCCAGUCUGUAUAUUCACUGUAUUCUGUGUCUCGGCCAGUCUGUAUAUUCACUGUAUUCUGUGUCUGGGUGAGUCUGUAUAUUCACUGUAUUCUGUGUCUCGGCCAGUCUGUAUAUUCACUGUAUUCUGUGUCUGGGUGAGUCUGUAUAUUCACUGUAUUCUGUGUCUCGGCCAGUCUGUAUAUUCACUGUAUUCUGUGUCUCGGCCAUCCUGUAUAUUCACUGUAGUCUGUUUCUGGGCCCGUGUGUAUAUUCACUGUAUUCUGUAUCUCGGCCAGUCUGUAUAUUCACUGUAUUCUGUGUCUGGGUGAGUCUGUAUAUUCACUGUAUUCUGUGUCUCGGCCAUCCUGUAUAUUCACUGUAGUCUGUUUCUCGGCCAUCCUGUAUAUUCACUGUAGUCUGUUUCUGGGCCUGUCUGUAUAUUCACUGUAUUCUAUGUCUGGGCCAGUCUGUAUAUUCAUUGUAUUCUGUGUCUGGGCCAGUCUGUAUAUUCAAUGUAUUCUGUGUCUCGGCCAGUCUGUAUAGUCACUGUAUUCUGUGUCUGGGUGAGUCUGUAUAUUCACUGUAUUCUGUGUCUCGGCCAGUCUGUAUAUUCACUGUAUUCUGUUCUGUAUAUUCACUGUAUUCUGUGUCUGGGUGAGUCUGUAUAUUCACUGUAUUCUGUGUCUCGGUGAGUCUGUAUAUUCACUGUAUUCUGUGUCUCGGCCAGUCUGUAUAUUCACUGUAUUCUGUGUCUGGGUGAGUCUGUAUAUUCACUGUAUUCUGUGUCUCGGCCAGUCUGUAUAUUCACUGUAUUCUGUGUCUCGGCCAUCCUGUAUAUUCACUGUAGUCUGUUUCUGGGCCUGUCUGUAUAUUCACUGUAUUCUGUGUCUGGGCCAGUCUGUAUAUUCACUGUAUUCUGUGUCUGGGCCAGUCUGUAUAUUCACUGUAUUCUGUGUCUCGGCCAUCUGUAUAUUCACUGUAGUCUGUUUCUGGGCCUGUCUGUAUAUUCACUGUAUUCUAUUUCUGGGCCAGUCUGUAUAUUCACUGUAUUCUGUGUCUGGGCCAGUCUGUAUAUUCGAUGUAUUCUGUGUCUCAGCCAGUGUGUAUAUUCACUGUAUUCUAUGUCUGGGCCAGUCUGUAUAUUCACUGUAUUCUGUGUCUGGGCCAGUCUGUAUAUUCACUGUAUUCUGUGUCUCAGCCAGUCUGUAUAUUCACUGUAUUCUGUGUCUGGGCCAGUCUGUAUAUUCACUGUAUUCUGUGUCUCAGCCAGUCUGUAUAUUCACUGUAUUCUAUGUCUGGGCCAGUCUGUAUAUUCACUGUAUUCUGUGUCUGGGCUAGUCUGUAUAUUCAAUGUAUUCUGUGUCUCAGCCAGUGUGUAUAUUCACUGUAUUCUGUGUCUGGGCUACCCUGUAUAUUCACUGUAUUCUGUGUCUGGGCCAGUCUGUAUAUUCACUGUAUUCUGUGUCUCAGCCAGUCUGUAUAUUCACUGUAUUCUGUGUCUGUGCCAGUCUGUAUAUUCACUGUAUUCUGUGUCUGUGGCAGUCUGUAUAUUCACUGUAUUCUGUGUCUGGGCUAUCCUGUAUAUUCACAGUAUUCUGUGUCUGGGUGAGUCUGUAUAUUCACUGUAUUCUAUGUCUGGGCUAUCCUGUAAAUUCUUUGUAUUCUGUCUCUGUGCCAGUCUGUAUAUUCACUGUAUUCUGUGUCUGGGCUAUCCUGUAUAUUCACUGUAUUCUGUCUCUGUGCCAGUCUGUAUAUUCACUGUAUACUGUGAAUAGGCCAGUCUGCGUAUUCACUGUAUUGUUUGUCUGUCUCCAUGCUACAUAUUCACUGUAUUCUGACUGUGGCUCAGCCUGUAUUGUGAAUGUAUUCUGACUUUAUCAGUGACUUUAUUCCCUGACUAGCCCAACCUAUAUAGCAACUUUAUUGAAUGACUGAUGCAGUCUACAUAUUGACUUUAUUACCCAAGCGGCUCAGCCUGUAAUGGUAUACGGUUUCACAUAUCAUCGACUUGUUUAGUGACUGUAAUAGAUGUGUGACUCUCAUCUUAUAUAGUGAUUAUGACUGAUCCCAGCUUGCAGACCAGGAUUAACCAUCUCGAUUUCCUAUAGGUUAAGGAAAAUCUAAGAACGCAAAGUAAGGCUCACGAAGUCACUCUGAGCAUCAUGGAGAAACGCUUUAUUCAAGACAAGGUAAAUUAUUGAUCUGGAUCACUGGUUCUGUUGUCACUGAGCAGGUGCAAAAAGAUGGUUUAUCUCACUUAUUCCUGGAGAAUUUUCUUAUCUAUGUGUAUUUUUUAAAUAAAGCAUAUCCAAAUGCAUUCAGGUACGGCAAAUAUCACCAGGCAACAGGACAAUCUCCUUAAUGUGUGUGUCUUGCAGAAACAUGCCUGUGUAAGAUCAUGAUUUAAAGGUAACUGGAUUCAUCAGCAUCUUGAGGGAUUAUUGCUUAUUGGUCCAGAAGAUGUACCAGGUGUGAGCAAAUGGACACUUCAAGCAUCGUGCCCACUAUAGUGUGUUGUAUUGCUUAUGCUAGGAGCAUAAGGCUAUAGCUUCAGACUCUCGAUUUUUGUCAAACCAUUUUCAGUUUGACAAAAUCCAUAGGAAUCCCCAGUUCAACCACACAUCUUGCAUUAUUAUUCCAUUCAGUAAGAAAGCAUGUGGUUUAGGACUCGUACACCCCCACCAGGGAUAAAUAGCGUUCAUAACAGCUAAAACUCUCAAGGAAAAAUAAGUAGAACACAUUUAAAAACUGGAGACAAGCAGGUCUCAAGAAUGUGAACCAACAUCAGUCAAGGGGACUGGCACUGUGUUCCGUUUUUAUGCCAUCCUAGAGCAGAUAUGUCAUAUUUAUUAAUACAUUUGGAUUUUUCACAGUCACUGUAAAUCACUUUGAAAAAGCCCAAAAACCUGUGAAAUUGAAAAAAGAACAAAACAAUAAAUGGUAUUAUAUUAUAUGUAUUAAAACGACAAUCUGUGCUACCUUUUAGAUUGUCAUAUAUCUUACAUUUUAGCUUGUCUGUGGACAGUAUCUCAAAAAAUUAUUAGCGUGUGUUUAUAGCAAUAAUGUAACACUUACUACGGCAGGUAUAUUGAACUGCAUUUCCUCUGCAGCUGUUGUCCAACCAUAUCUAGGGUUCCAUAGUUCUUUACUUCAAACUAAGUAGUCGAUUUAAUUCCAUAUAGUGAUCAAAUCUUAGACAACUCUACCAUAACAUAGUCUUGACCUUGAUUCUCGCACACACUACUUCAUCAUCAGAUGUUCCCCUAGUCUACAGAAGUCCCUUAAGAAGUACCUUUGGCAGAGAAUUGGGCAGUAAGACUACAGGGCAUGAUCUAUACACCAAAACCACUUGAUUAAACUAAAGUUAUUUUAGUGAUUUAUAAUAUCCCUUUAAUACGGUUUGAUACAGGCUUUAUACCAGAUAAUCUCCCCUUUUCAAACUAUUGUUCUUUCACUUGUGUUCCAAGAUGCCCCCUCCUCUAGGCUGCAUCAACUACUUGGUAUGGAUUUUGUUUGCCUUCUGUUUAGGUUAACUAUUGUCAUUAAUCUCGUAUUUGCUGUUUAUGCCUUAUUGUAAAAUUGCAAAGCACUGCAAAAAAUAAGUUUUUUUUUAUUUUUUAUAAAUGAUAAUAUUAAUAAUGAUAAUAAUGAAUAAUACCUCUGUAUGUACUGCUAUUGCAUGUCCUAAGCAAAGCAUUAAGAAUAUGCCAUUCUGAUAAUUGGCAGUUUACCCUGCCUAAAGCACUGUUGUUAAAACUGUCGCCUCACCUAAAAGCAUCACUAUACCCAUGGAAGCAAUUCAUAGGUCCUUUUAGCAAAAAACAAAGUCCAUUGUCUCUCUUUUGGAAUCUUUCCAAUUAUCGAUAGUUUUAUUCCAUAAUAGAUGUUCACAUAGAUGGCAAAUUUGGUAACCAUUAGUAAAUACUCCUGUAGAUUUGAGCUCCAAAUUUAGUUACUGUAUACAUGCUAAGAACCAAAUUAUUCGGCUAUCUGGCAUUCAAUCUAGUUUAAGUAAUUGUGAGAAAUCUGAAUUUCUCUUCCAGCAUCGUAUGAAGAUGGAAGAAGAGAAACGGAUAGUGGUGUUGGCUGAAAGUGCUCACAGCGAGGCCAUCAAGUAAGUAAACCUGUAUCAAUCCUAUAGAAAAUAAAUCAAUGCAUCCACUCUAUUUCAAACCCUGAGUGAAGCCAAUAGUCUUGCUCAAAGUAUCUGAAAGAUGGCGGUGUGAAAGUCAUUCGGCUGCCAGCGAAAGAGACAUAGAGGUUGUGCUAUAAUAAAACAUGGUGUAGGUUUUUAGUUCUUUAUUAAAUGGGCCCUCUAAGCACUAUGGUGGAAUGAGGCUAUGGAUACUGUCCUGCUUGCGACAGAUUGGACAACAAAAUAUGGUUUUCGCUGACACUUGGAGGUCGCACCCCACAACCAUAUGGAUAAUAGAGACUUUACACUUACUAAUUACCAGUUUCAACUCUGUCCAAAAUGGAUGGUGAUGAUUGGCUUAGAGCACUGUGGCAAGGUCAUUCAGUUGAAUUCGGCUUUCUUUCUACCAGAGGCAUUUGAAUGGUGUAUAAGUAUCUCUCUCACAGGUCGCCGGAUUAUGAGGCCAUUUUAGUAAAGGGUGGUUGCUGUCUUCAUUAGGGCCUUUCAUCAUUGUCUCCCAUAGUUAACUAAAUGAUCGAUAGUUAACUAUGGGCUGAUGAACACUUUUUUUAAGGCACCACUCUUGGUUCUUAAUGUGCAGUGAGAUGAAGUUCAGGUACAUUUGAAUAAGGGGGGGGUUAUUAAGGGGUUCCUAACUGUAGACCCCACAGACAGAAAACAUGCUCCUGAUUGGUGGUCUCUGGUCACCGAGGGGUCUGCCUUCAACUGACCCUUAACUAACUAGUAACUCAGAUGGGAACUUCUUAAUGUUAAGCAGCUAUUUUAUUGUCCUUUAAAAAAAAAUGCUUGCUUAUUUAAUGAAUUAUAUAAAUGACAAAUAAGGGUACUUUUUUCUCUCAUAGUUUCCCUUUGAAGGAACACUCCAAUUAUCAUAACCAGUACAGUUUACUAAUGCCAGGGGUGCCCUGAUGUUCCACUCAUUAUAAGGAUUCAAACCCUUUUUUAACAGUUUGACAUAUUACCUGGUGUCCUCCGGCCUUAGUAGUUGAGGUGGGAAGCAGUGUGUUAGACCCCAGCUAAAGAGUCAAACAGUUCAAAAAUGGUUUGACUCCUAAGAUGGAGGAUAUGGGGUAUGCCUGCUACCAUAAACACUACAGUAAGUUGUAGUGGUCAUGAUGCUUGGUGCAUUCGUUUAAGACCCUGCUCCAUUGACCUACCAACAGGCAGCUGGGUGAGUCUGGAAGAAAUGUCUUCAAGGAAAAUGUUCAUCUAAAGAAGGAAUAUUCAUUUCUCCUGAAUGAGGUAGAGGAGUUAAAGAAAACCAAGGAAAUUCUACAGAAUGAGAUAGCUCAACUUCUGCUGGACAAGGUACUAACCAGAGCUUGUUUACAGUGAUAGGAUUACAGUACAAAUCUGUCUCCAAUGCAAGUAUGAAGAACCAAUCAUAAUUUGAAAUUUAAUUUUAAAGCUGGUCUAAUUUUCACAAGUUAUGAUCAUCAAAUGUAUUUGUUGUUCGUGCUUAAAAUAUUACCAAUUUUACAUGUGCAUAUGCCAGUGGGGUAAUGGCAAUGAUGUGGGGAGGGUAAACUUUAGGAAGCUGCAAACCAUAUUAUUAUACUAUAUAUAAACUAGGCUCACAAUUUCCACUCGUCAUUGUUCUGGCUGGUAGUGUGGUACUUAAAAUUUUAAGGGGUGGGAUGAUGUGUGUGCGUGCAUAUAUAUUAAUUUACAUGUGUGGAAAAUCAUGAUUAAGGAGGCAAUACCGAUCAUUCUCCUAAAUUGUUGUUGGUGCCCACAGUGUCCCUUUAACUAGCCACAAGAGAGGUAUGGACAAACCAAUUCUAGUGCUACUCCAGUGAUGUCAAGUUGUCAUAGUGUUUGGAAUCUAUAUGUGUAGCAUUUCAGUUUGAAACACUUCACAUACAAGAAAAUGCACAUUACAGCACAGGACGAGAAUUUCAGGCUGGCUUAUGUUAAAUCUAUGCAUAUUGGGCGCCUUUUAUCAGCACACUGGUGACAGACAACCAAUGGCUGGAAUGAGUCACAGGAGGAGCACAGGUAAGUAUGUACUUUAUUUUUAUUUUUUGUUGCAUUACUGCAACAAAAAAACAAUGUUAAAAUACUUUUCUUUGGUUGGAGUAACCCUGUAAUAAAAAAAAAAGCAACAAAACACCGAUACCAAAAUAAUCCUGAUCUUGACAAGGGGUUAGACAUGUCCAUUUUUGUAGAUCCAAAAGCACAUAACAAGGAGUAUAUACAUUGAAGUUGGGUAAAUUAUUACAUCUUAACAAUUUCAUCCAAUUCCUGCCCAUUACAUCUCUUGGACAGGAAACCAAUGAAAUGCUAAUUAAGAAAAAAGCCUUGCAAUCAGCCAGGAAGAAAACUGAGAUACGUGACUUGCAGCAGAAUAUCAUGAGACUGGAGGCUGACUUACAGAAGACGAGUCUGGAGUUGGAUGGUCAGAUUCAGAGGAAAGAGUGUGACAUAGAAGUAGAAGCAAGGAAUGCAGAGAGGUUUCAGAAGAUGCUAGACAUGCAGGAACGGGAGAUCAACCGCAUAAAGAAGCUUAGUGCAAAUAUCCUGAGGGAACGGUCAGAUGUGGAACAUUUCUUCUUGGAGGCCUUGACCCAGGUCAAGCAAGAGAUCAUAGCGAGUAGAAAUCAUUAUCGCAAAGAGGCCCAGGCAGUUUACCAGCGCAAGAUGAAAGAUGCUGCUUCAGGGAAAGACUUGUAUCCAAAGAUUAGAACCUUUCACAACAAGGAGCACAGCACAAACGAUGUAUACCAAGAUCUCCAGGAUGCAGAGAAAUGGUAUGUUUUAGUUACCACCCAUUGUUCACUAUUGCCUCACAUCUUUUCAACCCAUUUACAUUUAGCAAAUGUACAUUUAAUAAAACCUCCUUUAUUUGAAAAUUAAGAAUUAACUUUGGGUGUUUUGUUUUCAAGCAAUAAGGACCAAGUUUGGAUUUAUAUUCUAGUUAGUGACCAUAAAAUGCGUAAGUAAUAUAUGGUCACCUGGUGUCUGUUAUAAAUUUAAAAAAAAACAAAAAAACGCAGGCUCCAAAUAUAGUAAACAUAGGUAGUUUUAUUAACAUUUAUAUAAAGUAUGAGCUUAUUUAAGUUUAUUGUUAAUAUUACUAUAACUGUAAACAAUGCCUUCUUCAGGUUGAAGCUCAUGGUUUGUAAUGUUCUACAUGCCAAAUUUGGGUCGCUGGUACAUGUUUAAUGAGCAUUCUUCUCAUCUCAGGAACCAUCUACAAGCCGGGAAAGUUGACAUCAAGGAUUUAACCUGGGAAGAGAAAGAGAGAGUUCUCAGACUGCUGUUUGCGAAGAUGAAUAAUUUACAAUCCAGGUGCCAAUUUUCUGUAUACCCAAAUAAAUAACGCUUCAUAAACGUACAAUGUUAGAAACUGGAGAAAGUGGCAUUCAACAAAACAGAGAUGAUAAACAUUAUACCGCAUGUUGUCUUGGGUGAAGUCAUAACAUUAAAUAAUAAUAAUAAUAGGUGAUCACUUAAAGGACCACUAUAGUGCUAGGAAAACAAACUUGUUUUCCUGGCACUAUAGUGUUAAUAGGUCCCCUCAUGGCCCUAUCCGCCGGGCUCUAGGUGGAGGAAGGGGUUAAAGGCUUACCUUUCUCCAGCCCCGGGCUCCCUCAGCGAUGGGGACUCUCCUCCCUCUUCUGCCGAAUGCGCAUGCGCAGCAAGAGCCGCACGCGCAUUCAGUCAGUCCAUAGGAAAGCAUGCUUUCCUAUGGACGCUGGCGUCUUCUCACUGUGAAAAUCACAGUAAGAAGCGCGGAAGCGCCUCUAGCGGCUGUCAAUGAUACAGCCACUAGAGGCUGGAUUAACCCAUAUGUAAAAUGCUAUGUUUAAAGCAGGCAGGGUUAACCCUAGAUGGACCUGGCACCCAGACCACUUCAUUGAGCUGAAGUGGUCUGGGUGCCUAUAGUGGUCCUUUAACAUUAAUUAGCAUAGUUACCCACAAUUACUUUCGAGGAGGUCUCCGAGUAAGUGCAAGUGAAAGGCCAGUUGUUAUUAUAGGAGAUCUACCUUCAUAAAUGAUUAUGCAAUUAUGAAAUGAGAUCCCAGUACAAUUGAAAGAGAAGGGCCAGCGGUUAUCCUAGGUCAGGUGUCCUCAAACUCUGGCCCCCCAGAUGUUGCUGAACUACAACUCCCAUGAUUCUCUGGCUAUGUAAUUCAAAGAAUCAUGGAAGUUGUAGUUAAGCAACAUCUGGAGGGCCACAGUUUGAGGACCCCUGUCCUAGGUGAUGCACUUGAGAAAUGUGGGAAGAGGGCAACUCAUGAUGCUGAGAGGGAAUCCCUGUAUGAAAUCCAUGAUUUUCUUGUGAACGUGGGAGGAAGGCACUUUUGACACUGGGUUGAGAUCCUUGUGUGAUCGUGCAAAGUGAUCUUGUGAAUGUAAGGUCAGAUACUGGACAAUUUGCAAGUAGCAUUACCACCAAAGGACGCUGAAAACAUUUCUGAGGAACUCUGCCUUUCUUUUAUUACAGGAAGAAGAGUCCAAUGUUGGCCCUGAAGCUGAACACAACUGAAAGAGAAGAGCGGCCCAGGUGAGACAAAUACAGGUUGUGUUAUAUGAAAUGAGGUACUGUGAGAACGGAUAUCAUGUAAAUCAUCUCCAGGUCAUUAUUAGGAGAUGUUAUUACAUAAAGGGAUCAACUCACGACUUUAAUUAAAUGAAAGUAAUGGAUUGAAUGGACAAUGAAUAUCUAUAACUUGCCUUACGACCAUUAUGGUAAGUCUUGCCUUUUAAUUGAUUUACCUUCUAUUCUUAGUGUCCAGAUAUAGAAUUCUGCUAUUGGCCUUCCUUUUAGUAUCUCCCCAUCUUCUUUCGGUCCCUAAUUUUAUUCCUCUCUUUCUCUUCUUGUUACUCCACUUACUUCCCUAUUGACUUCUUAAAGUGGCACUGUCAUGCCGAACUUACCUUUCUCCUAUGGUUUCCUCUUCUCUUCCUCUCUCAGAAUCUGUUCUUUUCUUAGAAGGAACUACUUUGGCUUAUGUAUUUUUGCUAUGCUUGGCCUUCUUUGACCAAAGGGGGAGUAUAAGUUCGCUCCAUUUCCGGUGUCAGAGAAAGUGCUCACCCUUCUCCUUGACACAGGAAAUGAAGUGGACUGAAACUCCUCCUUUGGUCAAAGAAGGCCAAGUGUAGCAAAAAUACAUAAGCCAAAGUAGUCCCUUCUAAGAAAAGAAUAACGGAUUCUGAGAGAGGAAGAAAAGAGGAAACAAUAGAAGAUAGGCAAGUACGGCAUGACAGUGCCGCUUUAAAAUGCCCAGCAUCUACCCCUAAUUAUAUUCUACUCUUACUUCUCCUCUCGGUAUCUUAUAAUACCCCUCAUGAUAAUCUACUCUCAGCACGGUAGAAUAAUUUUACAAUAUUUACAAUAAAAGCAAGAUUGUUCAGCCUACUUUGCCUAACUUUUGUAUGUAAAGCUCUACCAUUUGAUUAUUGGUAUUUAUAUAGCGUCAACACGUUAAUUUCUAUUGCUCUUUCUUCUGAUUUCUGCAUUAUGCGUUUUCAAAUAAUGUAUUUCACCAACAUUAAUUUACAAUGCCUUUUCAGGGAACCUGGUAAAAUUGAGGGUUCCGGCUCGGUUUUCCUUACCCAGAAGGACACAGAACCCAUGUUUCCCGCUUUGCUGCUGCCGGAUAUUCAGCUGGGAGCAUCCCAGAUUAAGGCCUGA